GGAGGGGGGAAGCAGCGCAGGAGGGGAGGAGAAAGGGCUGUCUCUGAGCUCCAGAUUCUCCUGCUUUGCCCCCGAAGUGGGGGAGAGGAAAAAAGUUUGGAAAGGGCCGGAGAGACCCCCGGUGCGGCUGACUGACCAAGAGUUAACCUAUCUUGGGCGCAACAUAACUAAAGAAGUUUCUGCAGGAUGAAAAGAUGGCAGGGCGGCUGCUUGCACCACCAGGCCCUGAUAGUUUUAGACCUUUCACUCCAGAAUCCCUGGCUAACAUCGAGAAGCGCAUUGCAGAAGAAAAGAAGAAGAAGCGUCCGAAACAAGAGGGCAGUCACAGGGAUGAUGAUGAAGAGAGCAAACCAAAACCAAACAGCGACUUGGAAGCUGGGAAGAGUUUGCCUUUCAUCUAUGGGGACAUCCCGAAAGGCCUGGUUGCUGUACCACUGGAGGACUUUGACCCGUACUAUAUGACGGAGAAAACCUUUGUAGUACUAAACAGAGGCAAAACACUCUUCCGAUUUAGUGCCACACCUGCCUUGUACAUUUUAAGUCCUUUUAAUCUGUUUAGGAGAAUAGCUAUUAAAAUUUUGAUACAUUCAGUAUUUAGCAUGAUCAUUAUGUGCACUAUUUUGACGAACUGUGUGUUCAUGACUUUUAGUAACCCACCAGAAUGGUCGAAACAGGUGGAAUAUACAUUCACUGGUAUAUAUACAUUUGAAUCACUUGUGAAAAUCAUUGCAAGAGGCUUCUGCAUAGACGGUUUUACUUUCCUUCGAGACGCAUGGAACUGGCUAGACUUCAGUGUCAUCAUGAUGGCGUAUAUAACAGAGUUUGUAAACCUAGGCAAUGUUUCAGCUCUGCGCACCUUCAGGGUACUGAGAGCUUUGAAAACUAUUUCUGUAAUUCCAGGCCUGAAGACUAUUGUGGGAGCCUUGAUCCAGUCUGUGAAGAAGCUGUCAGAUGUGAUGAUUUUGACAGUGUUUUGCCUCAGUGUGUUUGCUCUAAUUGGACUUCAGCUGUUCAUGGGGAAUCUAAGGAACAAGUGUGUCAUCUGGCCCAUUGAUCUCAAUGAGACCUAUCUGGAAAAUGGCACCAAGGGCUUUGACUGGGAAGAGUACAGCAACAAUAACUCGAAUUUUUACACAAUACCUGGGUUUCUUGAUCCAUUGUUAUGUGGUAACAGCUCCGAUGCAGGCCAAUGCCCUGAGGGCUAUACGUGCAUGAAGGCAGGCAGAAAUCCAAACUAUGGCUACACCAGCUUCGAUACCUUCAGUUGGGCUUUCCUGGCCUUAUUUCGCCUCAUGACUCAGGAUUUUUGGGAAAACUUGUAUCAAUUAACCUUGCGAGCGGCAGGAAAAACCUACAUGAUCUUCUUUGUCCUCGUUAUUUUUGUUGGUUCAUUCUACCUGGUGAACUUGAUUUUGGCUGUGGUGGCCAUGGCCUAUGAAGAGCAAAACCAAGCUACACUGGAAGAGGCAGAGCAGAAGGAGGCAGAGUUCAAGGCCAUGUUGGAUCAGCUGAAAAAGCAACAGGAAGAAGCCCAGGCUGCAGCCAUGGCCACUUCAGCAGGGACCGUCUCUGAAGACGCCAUAGAAGAAGAGGGAGAGGGUGGUGGAAGAAUGUCACAGAGCUCCUCUGAGGUCUCCAAGCUCAGCUCUAAAAGUGCCAAAGAGCGGCGGAACAGAAGGAAGAAGCGGAAGCAGAAGGAGCUGUCAGAAGGAGAAGAGAAAGGGGAUGCUGAGAAAGUCUUUAAGUCAGAAUCAGAAGACGGCAUGAGGAGGAAGGUCUUCCGCUUGCCAGACAACAGGUUAGGGCGGAAACUUUCCAUCAUGAACCAGUCACUGCUUAGUAUACCAGGAUCCCCAUACCUCUCCCGCCACAACAGUAAAAGCAGCAUCUUCAGUUUCAAGAGAGGUUUCCGCGACCCAGGUUCAGAGAAUGAAUUUGCAGAUGAUGAGCACAGUACUGUGGAAGAGAGCGAAGGCAGGAGGGAUUCCCUUUUCAUCCCAAUCCGGGGCCAUGACCGAAAAAGCAGCUACAGCGGUUACAGUGGCUACAGCCAGGGAAGUCGGUCGUCGCGCAUCUUCCCCAGCAUCCGCCGGAACGUGAAGCGGAACAGCACCGUGGACUGCAACGGCGUGGUCUCCCUGAUUGGCGGCCCAACCUCCAACCUCCCCAGUGGACGCCUUCUGCCUGAGGUGAAAAUAGAUAAGGCAGCUACUGAUGACAGCGGAACCACUGAGGUAGAGAUUAAAAAGAAAGCUACUGGGUCACUAUUGGUAUCAAUGGACCAACUAAAUGCCUCCUAUGGAAGGAAGGACCGAACCAACAGUAUAAUGACAGUCAUAACAAAUACCCUUGUAGAAGAACUGGAGGAAUCUCAAAGAAAAUGUCCCCCUUGCUGGUACAAAUUUGCCAACGUCGUCCUCAUUUGGGAGUGCCACCCAUACUGGCUAAAGUUGAAAGAGAUUGUCAACUUGAUCGUCAUGGACCCCUUUGUGGAUUUAGCCAUCACCAUAUGUAUUGUUCUGAAUACUCUGUUCAUGGCCAUGGAACACCAUCCCAUGACUCCAGCGUUUGAACAUGUCUUGGCCGUAGGAAAUCUGGUUUUCACUGGAAUCUUUGCAGCAGAAAUGUUUCUGAAGCUUAUAGCAAUGGAUCCUUACUAUUAUUUCCAAGAAGGGUGGAACAUUUUUGAUGGAUUUAUUGUCUCUCUCAGUUUACUGGAACUCAUGCUAGCAGAUGUGGAAGGGCUUUCAGUGCUGCGAUCCUUCCGACUGCUGAGAGUCUUCAAGCUGGCAAAAUCCUGGCCAACUCUUAACAUGUUAAUAAAAAUCAUCGGUAACUCGGUGGGUGCCUUGGGGAACCUGACUUUGGUGCUGGCCAUCAUUGUCUUCAUCUUUGCUGUGGUGGGGAUGCAGCUGUUUGGCAAGAGCUACAAAGAGUGUGUCUGUAAGAUCAAUCCUGACUGUGAGCUUCCUCGAUGGCACAUGAACGACUUCUUCCACUCUUUCCUUAUUGUCUUCCGUGUUCUCUGUGGAGAAUGGAUUGAAACCAUGUGGGACUGUAUGGAAGUGGCUGGACAGGCGAUGUGCCUUAUUGUCUUUAUGAUGGUGAUGGUCAUUGGAAAUUUAGUGGUGUUGAACCUGUUCUUGGCCUUGUUGCUGAGUUCUUUCAGUGCAGACAACCUUGCAGCAACUGAUGAUGAUGGGGAGAUGAACAACUUGCAGAUCUCCGUCAUUCGAAUCAAGAAAGGCAUCGCCUGGGCAAAGAUCAAAGUGCACGAACUUGUGCAAACCCAUUUCAAAAAGAGGGAGGCCGAUGAAGUUAAGCCCCUUGAUGAGUUGUAUGACAAGAAGAUGAACUGCAUUGCCAACCACAUGGGGGCUGAUAUCAACCGAGAGAUUGAUUACCAAAAGAAUGGCAAUGGCACCACCAGUGGCAUUGGGAGCAGUGUGGAGAAAUACAUCAUUGAUGAGGAUCAUAUGUCUUUCAUCAACAACCCAAACCUCACUGUCCGAGUCCCCAUAGCCGUGGGUGAGUCUGACUUUGAGAACCUCAACACAGAAGAUUUCAGCAGUGAUACCGAUCCCGAUGGCAGCAAAGAGAAACUGGAUGAUACUAGUUCAUCAGAGGGCAGCACUAUUGAUAUCAAGCCAGAAGCGGAAGAGGUUCCUGUUGAAGCACCAGAAGAGUAUCUGGAUCCUGAUGCAUGUUUCACAGAAGGUUGUGUGCAAAAGUUCAAGUGCUGCCAAGUUAGCAUCGAAGAAGGGCAUGGCAAGUCAUGGUGGAACUUGCGGAAAACCUGCUUCCUGAUUGUCGAGCAUAACUGGUUUGAGACAUUCAUUAUCUUCAUGAUCUUGCUGAGCAGUGGCGCUUUGGCCUUUGAGGAUAUUUACAUCGAACAGAGAAAAACCAUUAGGACCUGCUUGGAAUAUGCUGACAAAGUUUUCACCUACAUCUUUAUCCUCGAAAUGUUGUUGAAGUGGUGUGCCUAUGGAUUUGUGAAGUUCUUCACUAAUGCCUGGUGCUGGCUGGAUUUCCUCAUUGUAGCAGUCUCUUUAGUCAGCCUUAUAGCUAAUGCCCUGGGCUACUCGGAACUAGGUGCCAUUAAAUCCCUUAGGACACUCAGAGCCUUGAGGCCUUUAAGAGCGUUGUCCCGAUUUGAGGGGAUGAGGGUGGUUGUGAAUGCCUUGGUGGGCGCUAUACCAUCCAUUAUGAAUGUGUUGUUGGUCUGCCUUAUCUUCUGGCUGAUUUUCAGCAUAAUGGGGGUAAAUCUUUUUGCUGGGAAGUAUCAUUACUGCUUUAAUGAGACAGCUGAAUAUCGGUUCGAGAUAGAAGAGGUGAACAACGAGACAGACUGUUUCAAACUGAUGGAGCCCAACAGCACAGAGAUCCGAUGGAAGAAUGUUAAGAUUAACUUUGACAAUGUUGGUGCUGGGUACCUGGCCCUUCUUCAAGUUGCCACCUUUAAAGGCUGGAUGGACAUCAUGUAUGCAGCAGUGGAUUCCAGAAGGCAAAAUGAACAACCCAAAUAUGAAGAUAACAUCUAUAUGUACAUCUACUUUGUCAUCUUUAUCAUCUUUGGAUCCUUCUUCACCUUGAACCUCUUCAUUGGUGUCAUUAUUGACAACUUCAAUCAACAAAAGAAAAAGUUUGGAGGUCAGGAUAUCUUCAUGACAGAGGAGCAGAAGAAAUAUUACAACGCCAUGAAAAAACUGGGCUCCAAGAAACCUCAAAAGCCAAUUCCAAGACCUUUGAACAGAAUCCAAGGAAGUGUUUUCGACUUUGUCACCCAGCAAGCAUUUGAUAUACUAAUCAUGCUGCUCAUCUGCCUCAAUAUGGUGACCAUGAUGGUUGAAACGGACACACAGAGCAAGCAGAUGGAAGAGAUCCUCUACUGGAUCAACCUUGUCUUCGUUAUCUUUUUCACUUGCGAGUGUGUACUGAAAAUGUUUGCCUUGCGUCACUACUACUUCACCAUUGGCUGGAAUAUUUUUGAUUUUGUGGUUGUGAUUCUCUCCAUUGUUGGUAUGUUCUUGGCUGAAAUUAUAGAAAAAUACUUUGUGUCACCUACUCUCUUCAGAGUUAUCCGCCUAGCCCGUAUUGGCCGUAUCCUGCGCCUGAUCAAAGGAGCCAAAGGGAUCCGCACCCUGCUUUUUGCCUUAAUGAUGUCUUUGCCUGCCUUGUUCAACAUUGGCCUCCUGCUCUUCCUAGUUAUGUUCAUCUUUUCCAUCUUUGGGAUGUCAAACUUUGCUUAUGUCAAACAUGAGGCUGGCAUUGAUGACAUGUUCAACUUUGAGACCUUUGGCAACAGUAUGAUUUGCUUGUUCCAGAUCACUACCUCAGCCGGGUGGGAUGGUUUACUCUUGCCCAUUCUUAAUGGGCCUCCGGACUGUGAUCCGGACAAAGAGCAUCCUGGGAGUGGCUUCACAGGUGACUGUGGAAACCCCUCAGUGGGGAUCUUUUUCUUUGUUAGCUACAUCAUAAUCUCCUUUCUGAUUGUGGUAAAUAUGUACAUUGCCAUCAUUUUAGAGAACUUCAGUGUGGCAACAGAGGAGAGUGCUGAUCCACUGAGCGAAGAUGACUUUGAGACCUUCUAUGAGAUCUGGGAGAAGUUUGACCCCGAUGCCACACAGUUCAUUGAAUACUGCAAGCUGGCAGACUUUGCAGAUGCUCUGGAGCAUCCGCUGCGUGUCCCUAAGCCAAACACCAUUGAACUCAUUGCCAUGGAUUUGCCAAUGGUGAGUGGGGACCGGAUCCACUGCUUGGACAUCCUGUUUGCUUUCACCAAACGCGUCUUGGGUGAUAGUGGUGAACUAGACAUCCUGAGGCAGCAGAUGGAAGAGAGGUUUGUGGCUUCUAAUCCUUCCAAAGUGUCUUAUGAGCCUAUCACAACCACACUACGGCGCAAGCAAGAAGAGGUGUCCGCGUUGGUCAUCCAGAGAGCUUACCGGGCCCGCUUAGUAAGGAGGGGCUUUAUUUACCGAAAAAAUGUAUCCAAUAAGAUGGAAAAUGGAGGGACAAACAGAGAGAAAAAAGAAGGCACCCCAUCUACUGCAUCCCUUCCAUCUUAUGACAGCGUAACGAAGCCCGAGAAAGAGAAACAGCGAGCUGAAGAAGGGAGACGGGAAAGAGCAAGAAGGCAAAAAGACACAAGGGAAUCCAAAUAUUGAGAUGAUCAAUAAUAAUAAUAAUAACUCUAGAAAACUUGUGAGCAGAAAAGAUUGUUUACAAACUUCCUGAUAAAAUAUAUAUCAAUAGCGAACAGCUGUGGAGACACUUUAUCUGAAGAUCUUAUACCAAACAUAGUCUGCUUACUGUGUGACCAUGUUGCAUCUCAAAGCAGUGAUCUACCACCUGUUUAACAGACCCAUCUAGACAAAUAUAUUUAAACAAAACAACAGGAAACAAUGCAAAGGCGGGGGGAUAAAAGGAUUUUAUACUGUUUGGGCAGGUGGAUACUGCAUGUUCCACAUCAGUCAAUGCAACUUAGGACAAACAAGCAAAAUAAAACACACAGACACACACACUUAAGGGGAAAAAUCUGCUGCUUUAGGAUCCAUAUAUUUUUCCCAAAGGCAGCCAAAAUGGAUUUUAUUUUUUCUCAUUUUAUUGAAAGAAAACCCAGGAAAAAAAUAAUCACAUUCAAGGGUUUGUUUCUUCAUGCAAAACUAGAUUUUCGUACUUGACAUUUAGUUGAAGCUGCAAAAAAAAAUUAGAAGGAGGAAAAAAGUUGAGCAACAACAAAACGCUGAAAUGAAACAACACAUAUUUAGCCCAUGUCAUUUAAUCGUCAUAGUUUUUUUUUGGUAUUUAUUAUCUGCAUACUUCUUUAUUAUAUGGGCUUCACCGUGGUUUGAGAGUUGGGGGUAAUCAGGUGUUUUCAGCCUGCAAAACUCGCUCAGGCUGAUUCCAAAAAUAAAAUAAAAUAAAAUUGUGCUCGUUUCAAUGCAUAGAAAUGAUUUGCAUGAUGGCAUGCUGUGAUCAGGAAUCAUGCAUGAGGAAUCAUAAAACCACAAGACACUCAAUAUGCUGUCCAGGCUGUGUGUUAAGCCAUACGUUUGAGGCACUCCACUGACUACGGCACACUGUAUUUGGGAAGUUGCUCUGAGCUAUAACUAUGCCCUUCACCAAGUUACCAGUUUUUAAAUCAAUCCAGGCACCCUCCCAAAGGAGGGAGAGGGGGAAAAGUGAAACCAAGAAAUGAAAACAUGUUUGUGUGUAUAUUUAAUAACUUUCAUGCAGCCAUAUUUUUUGCACUUUUUAAAAGAAACACACACAACAACAACAACAACAACAACAAAAAACCAAAUGCUGCUCUAAAACUCUUUUGGUGAGAAGCCCAUUCAAGAAUGGUUUCUUAUACAAUGUCACUUUCAGAGAAAAAUGGUAGGGCUUCAAGUAAACCCACCUAGUAGUUUUGUAUCCUGCAACAUUUACGAUUACUCUUUCUCCUCUGUUUUGCAGCAUAGACUAUUUUAUUAGAGAUAAGCGUGUUUGAAGACAGCACAUUAUCUGUCAAAGGUGCAAUUUUGAGUAGUUACAUAUAGCAAUCUUUUCAGUUGCAGAGAAGUAGGUAGUGGGGUGUUCACAGCAUUAUGUGCCAUAAUUACAUGUAAACUGUUGCAUUCUUUGAGGGUAUUAUAACGUGGAAAAGGUAAUAACAAGGCACAAAGUUGAUGUAUUGAAAAGUGGGUUCUACCUAGUGAUCUUCUAUUGAUGUCCUACAACUUACAUUCUGAUGCUGCACAGUUUUAUUUGCUUCCCUUCUAGCUGUUUUUUUUCCUAAGAAAAGCUAACCAAAAAAAGGUUCCCAAUCCGAACCUCUUACUUUUGAUGAGCAAAGUAGCAGUGUGACAUGGGUGCAGCGCUGAGAGAAACCGCAUCAUAUAUGACGUGUGCCUUCACCAACUUCGCAUUUCACCCCACACCUGUUGUAUAGUAGUAAUAAUUUUAACUGUCCUGCAAAUUCAGGUAGGGAUGAAGAGCUACCUCUUGACUAUUAUCUCUAAAUUGAUGGGAGUCUUAUCCAGGGCUGGGUGGAGGAGUGACGCUUUGUGUUUCUAAGUUCGCACCUGGGCAUCUUUCAGUAUUUUGAAUCGUUCCGUUAUGUUACCUUUCACUAAGUCGACCAUCACCAAUAAUUCAAUUGUUUUAAGGGCACAGGUUCAGGGAACAGACCUUGCUGAUGGGUCAAAGGUUGCGUUGCACUAUUACAAAAGACUGUGUUCCAUCAUGCAGCUUAAAAGGAAGGCGUAGAGAGUGCUGCUAAUGGUUUCUAGAAAUCUGCAGAUAACGCUAAAUAUUUAGGACCUAUUGAAAGGCAACAAGCUGUUUGAAUGUGGACCAAAUCAAUUUUAUCUAUAAAAGGGCAAAAAAGGUUUAAAAAUAACUACUCAAAAUAUUCCAAAAGCAAAACAAAACCAAGAUAGCAAUGCCUUUUAGAUCAUGGGGAGAGGCUUUAAUCUAUAGAAUCCUGCAACCUAGAUGCCUCCUACAAGGGUCAUGUAAGCCAUUUGAUAGACAUCUGUGCCAAGUUGGACUAGCUACCAUGACAUCAGUGGGAAAAAUCUACUGUACCAGAUACCACAAGGAACAAGAUAUUUCUAUCCAGCUAGACUUACCCCACUUGCUCCUACAAAGUGUAUAAUACAAAAAUAAAAAUUACAUGCAUAUGUACAGGCAACAUUGUAAACAGCACAACAACAAAAGCUGAAAAGUGUGGUUGAACUUUUUAAAAGAAUAUUAUAAAUACUGUAAUAUACCAUUUUAUUUUAAUGGCAUGUCUUUUUGUAAAUAACAAAGGACUACAGAAGAUUAAAUAGAAUGGCUUCUGGCUUAUGCCACUGUCCAUGUUUAAUUUUAUAUCUCUCUAUCUAUAUAUAUAUAAUACAUUUAUCUCUUUCUUUUUUUUCCACUUUUGGGAUUAUGUCAAUUUAUGUGCAUCCCCACAGAGGAAAAAAAUCCUCCCAAACAGACACAAAGCAAAGCUUUAUUGCAAAAUUAUCUUUACAACAACAGAUAUAUUAGACUAUUUUGGUUCUGAGGUGCAAUAUAUUUUGACCACUUCUAUGCAAGAUUUGGCUAAAUGUUAUAAUUGUUCUUUAGCUGGACUACUGUUCCAUAUGAAAAGCUUGGUACAUGUAGUGUUUGUGCUGUCAAAUUUUAUUAAGCAAUUUUUAGUAAAACUGCCCUGCAAUCUAUAUUUACCUUGGGUCAUUAUUUAGUGAUACUUGAAUUUUCUUACAUUACACUAGCUUUGCUUAAGAAUAAAAGUUAUUAACAAACAGCUUCAAAGUUGUGGGCUAUGACCAACUGUAAAAUGAAUAAUUCAACUUUUUUCUAGUCUCUGCACUAUAUUUCUUAUAUUGUUCAUGUUUGUUUCAAGCAGUUAUUUCCAUCAACCAGACUUUACAGAUGUUGGAAGACUCUCUCUGUAUUUGCAUCAGCAUUAAUUACAGAUGAGAAUGCUAAGAAAACGUGGUCCAAAAUGAAAAAAACAUGAUGGCAGAUUGAUUUUUUAAAAUGUUAUAUGAAUAUAUACAAAAUUAUAAAGUUGCCAACAAAAAUAAUAUUUUUUUAGUUUAGCAAAAAUGUCCGAUGGUUUUUUUUAAGAAGGUCAAAGUAGAAAAUCAGAAAAAUCUCAACAUAAUUGAGACCCGUUAGAAAUGAAAUGUUUAAUUGUACUUUUUUAUUUCCAUCCCGCUGCUAAGUGAUAUGAGGUAGGGUUGGGUCAGCUUGCUGAAAUGUAUAGAUGAGAAUAUUUUAAUUCGUUUUUGUUUAGAUGUCAUUUUGCUUUAUUUGGAUAGGUAGAAAUAAGGAAAGGAACAACCUAAUUUCUGGACUUUCUAGCAAAAUGGGCAGUGGAGAUUCUUAAUGCCCAGUGAAGAAUGGAAAUUUGCUUUGUGGGGAAAUCUUGAUGGAAGAUUUUCCAUCAAGAAGCUCUAAGCAAAUAAGCUCUUGUUCUUCAAGUCACUUGCUAUCAACCUGGAGACAGAGCUUGUCACUUUUCAUGAACUCAGGUCGCCCUCUGAUCCCUGCUCCCCGGUGAAACUGCGAAGGCCCUGCUCAGGCAUCCCAGGCUGCAACUAAAUACUAGAAACGCUGCAGCAGACUUUGAAAGCAAACGUAAUUCCAACAGUGAAUUUUUCAUGCAACUAUAAUUACAAUAAUACUAGCCAGAUAGACUACAGGCAAGUUGUAUAUGUGAAAUGUUGAAUGUGUUGAAUAUUUAGGAUGCAAAAUGGUUGCGGAGAUGCAAAUCCAGUGUUUUUAUGAAGAUGUCAAUAAUUCAAGCUUUCCUCACCCCACAGAAAGUAAAAUCAGAUAUUGACAAGGCAAACAAAACUGGAUUUCAUAUGAAGAAGCGAGACUUCUGAAAUGUUAAGAGUUAGUAUUCUAUGAGGCAUAAUUCUGUUUCUAUGGUUAUCUGUCAAAUAUCAUUGGAGACUGUGCUGUUGGAGACAAGAACACUUCUCUUGGCAGGUUUGACUGUUAGAAGGGAUUAGAAUAGUAAGUAUAUCAGCAAAAUAAAUGUUACUCCAGCUUGAAAUGCAUAUAGUUCUCCCAGUGUUAACCUGUAUGUAAAGCAAUCCAUGGGUUGUCAAUUUCUCUAUGUGUUUUUUUAUGAACAGAGAGAGCAGGAAGGAAAUGCCUUCUUACCUGUAGGAAACUGCAUUUAUUUUAUUUUUUUACCUUUUUUGUUUUGUUGUGUAAAAGAGCAACUAUGAUGUAGCACUAAUUUCACCUUUAAUUCAGUCUUCCGGUUUAGACUUUCUGAUAAAAAGUAAAUGCCGCAGGAUUGUCAACUCAAUCAGGUCGUCAUCUUGAGUUUCCAUAGGCCUCUUUUGAUUUGACUCUGCCCCAUUCACCACUGUGGAAGGUUUGCAUAUUAUCCUAAGGAGAGGGGACUAAUUCAGUGGUGGUGUGCAUGUUUUGCAUGAUGGUUCAAUCCCUGGCACCUCUAGAUAGAUAACAAGUGAUGAAAUAAACCUUCUCUACCUGAAGACAUGGCAAAUAGAUGCCAUUAAUAGCACUGGGCUAUGGAGAAUUGGUUGGAACUGAUGUAAGAUGGUUCUCCAUGUUACUAGAUAGUUUGGUGGCUCAGCUUGAUUGCUAUAGGAAACCACACAUUUGAAAAGCUCCAUAGUCAUCACAGGCCAAAUAACCUACAUUUGAAUGUUUCCAGUUCUAGUGUAUAAAGGAAAUCUGGCUUUAUGUUUCAUAUGUUAACAAAAAGAUUUCUAUAGAGAGGUUGACUUUUAAGAGUUUAAUUAAUAAAGAGGUAGCUUUAGUAGUCGAAAUCAGACUUGCCAGGUUGAUAACUUUUAUGUAGUAGUUUUGCCAAAUAUAUGGUUAUGGCAGUUAACCAGGAAACAGUGCCAUUCAUGUAUGAUUGUCUUUAGGUUGCACUAAUAUAUUGAUGGACUAUAGAGGAGGAAAAGGAAGAAACAUCAAUAUAUGGUUUAAAGACACAAACUGCUGCUAAGCAUUGAUUUAUUGCUAUCCUACAAACCUUGCUUAUUGCUAUAUUUCAAACUUUGAGAGAGGAAAGACAAGAACUAAGUGGUCUGAAUAUUAGCCUUGGGACAAGAAGUUUAAUUUUUUUAAAAACUGUUAUAAAAUUCCCUGUCAUACAGGGUAGAUUCAGGUAUAAUGAACUGGUCCAAUUUGUGGUCCGGUGAAAGUAUGUUGUGGAACUGAGUUUUUGUUGUACAAACAUGGUUGUCUUUUGACAACCAACAGAAAGAAACUGAGCCAUUGGUUACCUAUUGUUGCAAAAUAAAAAAUGGAAAUGAGAAGAAAACAUUAUACUCCAUAUUGUAACAUGUUUUCAACAUGCGCUUCUCAAUAGCUGAAAAAAGGAGGUUUGUGUUCACUCUGUUUGGAGGCACCUAUCUCUCAGAUCUUACAGUGUUGAAAUAAUACUGAAGCUUGUAUAGAAAGGCCUGAAAGUUCAUAUAUAUAUAUGUCUUUGAAACAGAGUAGCAAAUUGAAAGAAUAUCUCUGUCUUUGCAAAUGUGAGGAUCUUAAAACAAAGGGUUCAAAUACAAUGAUUCAUAUGCGGUGCAGGGGGGACCAUAGCUGGAAGCACUGGAUUUUCUGACCAUUGCCAUGCUCAUAAUUUCAGUUUCAAGGCUAUGCACCAGAAUGAAAAUGUCCUUACCUGAUAUUGCAAGGGACCUGUUCCCAUCAAGUUCCCCACCGGAACCUGAGCCUUCUUUUGAAUGGGAUAUAUAUUUUGAUAAGGCCAAUUGGCUAAUCAAUAAAAAUUGUUUUGAAUGGGAUAUAUAUUAAAUAAGUAACUUUACAAGCACCACGUGCUCUUUGUCCGAUCCCUCUGUGGCCGUCUUCUGUGUCUUGGAAACUGUUAUCUCCAAUAACAGUAUCUUCUAGGGCUUUAGUCGCACGUAGGUCAGUGGAUGCCCAGAUUUCAGCUUACAGCAGUUCUGAAUCCAUCCACUGGAAGGCAGUGAUAUGCCUAUAAGCAUUGCACUUUAAAUUCUUUCUUCUAUCAGCUUUCUAUGUUCUCUUUAAAAAAAACCUUUCCAUUUAAAGGGCUGAGGGUGACACACCUUUGCUACACAUAUUAACUUUGCCUAGUGACACACACAUUUUCCCCCUUUGCAGGCCCAGCAAAAGAAGAGAGCUUCUUUGAUGUGUUUCCUCUGUGGAAAUCACUUCUGCUAGAAGGAAAAACACCCAUAUUCCGUUUUCUACCUUCCUCUAAGGCUUGCCGAAGGUCCAGCAAAGAUAGCUUCUUGGUUAACAUUUUUCCUAUAUGGUGAUCAGGAAAUCUGUGAGAGGGAAAAACUGACAGUUUCUACAAAGCAUCAUUGCUUGCUAUUUACAAGCUGGAAGUGGAUCCCGGGGAAGAGUGGGUAACUGAGUGCUCAGGUACACUCAGAUUCAGUGCACAGAAGAGGGCCACACUAAUGAAACAGUCUUAAUACAGCGAAUUCCCAGGCUCAUCUACAUUGCCAUAUAAUGUGGUUUAACUGCAUUGAACUGCAUUAUAUGGGUCUACACUGCCAUGUAAUGUAGUUCAGUGCAGUUAAACUGCAUUGUGGAACUGCGUUAUGUGGUAGUGUAAAUGGGCCCUCUGUUAACCAGAAUUCAAGGAACAGGAACUCUCAAGCAAGUGGCAACAAAAUUGAAGAAAUACUUUAAUUUUUAAAUAAAGCUGUUUUCAUAAUACAGUAAAACUAUGGGCCCUUCCACACAGUCAUAUAACCCAGAAUAUCAAGGAAGAUAAUCCACAAUAUCUGCUUUGAACUGGGUUAUCUGAGUCCACACUGCCAUAUAAUCCAGUUCAAUGUGGAUUUUAUACAGCUGUGUGGAAGGGGCCUAUGUUACAUUAAGUUUGUCUUUAUUGGUCUUAACUUGCUUCCAAUUGCAAUAUUUCAAUAUUACUAUUAAGUCCAUACACAGUUUAUGGUAUAGUAUGAGGUACAGGAUUAGUUUAGACCUAUUUUAAUAGUAUCUCUCAAGCAACCACAAACUGCAUUUAUCCAGCAUCUACCAAUCCCAAUUGAUGCAAGUUAACUGAGAAUCUGUAUAUAAGGUUUUUGGUGGCUGCAAUUUUUAUUUCUUACUCCUUUGGUAGCUAUCCUUCAGUCAAUGGACUGAAAUUUUCUCAGAGAGACCGAGAGAUAAGGCUCGUGUAAUCAUGGGAGGGAGGGACACUGAGUAUAAAUUGCAAGCCAACUGUAAGAUAUUUUGUUGGUAGGCCUUACCAGUGAUCGGUGCAUUCAAUGGGCCCUGCAACCUUUGUAUUAAUGGUAAAAUUGAUGUUUGGAAAGUUACACUCAGUCUGGCUUCUUUACAUACUUAGCCACCACAAAUAGUAAAUGGUCUCCAUAUAGGAAAAAAAUGCCAGGAGUGAAGCAUCUCUGUGAGGGUAAAAGGAUUACCGUUUAGUGAUCCUGCUCUUUCACAAAUUCAGAGCAGAAAUCCAAGAAUCAUGAGUCUCUGCUGUCCAGUAUAAGAGAUUCUCCUAUCAAGCCAAUUUGGAAUUUUGUGAGGGAAAAUAAUUAGACGGGGGAAAAUAUUAACAAAAUUUCCAGAUAAUGUUAGGAAUUGCUUAACACUAGCUGUCACAUCAAAUAUACACAUCCAGAUUUUCCCCUAUAUUGCUGCAUGUUGCAUUUGUAGAGAGGUAUGUCCCUGUGAGAGAGAGAGAGGGGGAUAAAUUGGGGAGUGUGUUUGUCUCAAGGAGAAGGUGGAAUUCCAGGCAUUGCCUGAAUAUUGCAAAACAACUCUGGUGAUUUCUGUUUCCAAUUCCACCAUUGUGUGCGUGUGGAGGGAGAAACCAGGGCAGGAGGGUGGGGGGAGAGGGGGAGAGAGAGACUUUUAACAAGUCACCUGACCUCUCUAUGUGCCUCAGUUUUACCCAUCUGUAAAACGGGUAAUAACCUACCUCACAGGGGUGUUGUGAGGCUUAAUUUAAUGUCGGUUCAAAUGCUUUUCUGAGGUUCAUAACUGAAAGUGCUCUCCUAGAUGUGCACAGGUCAGAACCAUGGACUAAAGAGGAAGCAUAUCAUGAUGGUGCCAUUGAUGCCAAAAUUUAAGAAAGUCACUGCUACCGCUUUUUUAAAAAAAUGAUAUCAGGGCAAACAUUUUAAUUUUUGGUUGCAAUUUGCUUGUGUCCCCUCUCGAAAUAUAUGUUUGUUUCCUGCCCCUUUCAACCCCAACCUCUAUAUUUUGUUCUGUUUUAAGAUGACAACAACAAAAAUGGGAACAGAGGAAUUUGGGAGAAGGGAGGGGAGAGGAGUGAGAAUGUGUGUUAAAAAAAACAAAGCCUACUUCUACAACAAAAACGUUGGAUUGAAAGAUUAACGUCUGAAUUCUUUGAUUUCCUUUGUACUGUACAUCUUUUUACUUUGAAAUUUGCAAUAAAAAGUUAUGUCCA